UUACAGAUUAUUGCUGCAUGCAGUUACAUAUAGCAGAUGACCGUUGCAUAAUCACCAAAAGAUGAAUUUCUCACUACCAUAUAAUACAAGUGAAGAAAAGGGAACGGCUAACACGACCGUUGAGCAGAACACAGAUGAGAUUAGUUGGGGUACGGUGUUAUGGAUCUCCAUGGGAAUAGGAGUAGUUAUAAUCAACAUAUUAUACAUUGCUGUCUGCAUGAAAGCUCUAAAGAAAACAUUUCACCAUCUGGUUGUUUUGGGUUUACUUUUCAGCGACAUCUUUACCAGCUCUGCAGUCACUAUGAUUGUUCUCGACAGCAUCUUCCAUUUUCUUCCUAUUCACAUAAGCGCGUGUAUUUUUCAAAUAUUUUUAAGUUGCUUUGGAAUGGUUCUUAGUUAUUGUCUUAUGUUUCUACUGUGCCUACAAAGAUACAUAACAGUCAAAUCGUAUAACUAUGGAAUACGGUUUGAUGAUUACAAAUUCAAGGUAAUCGGUGGAACUGUUCUUUUAGUAUUUCUGUAUACACUAUGUUCUAUGACGCUUACUCCCCAUAACAGCAACCUGUUAAGCUGUAAUCGUCAUUCCCUCUACGCCAAUAACGUUGGUAUUUUUGUUGGAACAAUUUUUGGACCAAUAGCUAUAAUUAUAAUUUUAGUUAUGUAUAUUUCAAUACUCACUAGCUUUAAGCUUUGGAAAAUUUACUUCAAAGCCAGAAAUUCUACAACUCGGGUGAAGGAAUUUGUUGUUGAAGAGGAUAAGAAAGAAACUAACACCAGAAGAGUCAAGACAUUUAAAAGCAUUUCAUAUGCAAUCUGGUUUAUCAACUCUAGAUCGAAAGUCACAGACAUCGAUGCACACAAAGAAUUUAUACAGAAAAGAGAAGAUUUCGAAUUCAAAACCGGAAAGACUGAGGAGACAAACAAUACAAUUUUUUCUCAAUCACAGUUUGACAACGAAAUAUGUAUCGAUCAAGAUCCUACUCACGAUGGAACCGAUAGAAGGGUAUCGAAAAGUAAAACCGAUCAACAAAAUGCCGAUUAUCUUACAAAGGUACAUAGUUCUAAUGAAAAAAAUAACAUGACAGUGCAUGCCAAGAAAAAGUCGCUAGCAUAUUUAGAGGAAAACAUGAACACAACUUCAAAAAGUAAAGAACAUUCAUUUAAAAAAAGAAAACUUUGUCAGAGGCAUUCUUAUCCUAGUACAAAGACUAAUACACCCAACAUCGACAAUAAAAUACGCCCAAAUCUUUUGAUAGCUGCAACCAGGUGCAUAGACAACAUUGAAAUAAAUUUUCCAAACGAUAUACAAAAUACAAGUCGUUCAAACAGUCAAGACCAGAAUAACCCUUUUACGAAAAAGAUUAAAGAUCAAGUCAGACCAGGUUUCAACGGUUUACAAGUCAGCAAUGAUAGAAUUUCAACGGAUAUUGGUAAACCUAAUUGGUUUUCUAAAAACCGGAAGUCGUGGGAGAUGCGCGCAUUCACUACUAGUAUUGUCAUUUCCCUCCAUUCAUUAAUCCUGACCGGGCCUAUGGUUAUAUUUUAUUUGGUAGAGGUCAUAUCAGGACAACAAUUAUCACAACAGGUACAUUCUAUUCUGGCUAUUCCAUUCUUAGCACACGCACUGACCAAUCCGUUCAUAUAUGCGUGGAGAGUACCGGAAAUAAGACAUGAAUUAAGAAAUAUUUGCAGAAGGAACUAUUGAUAUUAUCGACAGAAAAGAAAAGGCCUUUGUGAUAUAUUUAUAUAUACCAUGUAUAAUUAUGCUUCUUCAAAACGGAACCAAACUUUUAGAAAUUUAUACAUUUCCUAUUCAAGUAUAGAGCCUAUACGUAUAUAUUUUAAAGCAGAGCCAUUUUCAAAACCUUUUUUUUGUCCAUUCGUUUGAUGUUUUUGAACUUUUGAUUUUGGCAUUUGAUUAGGGACUUUCCGUUUUGAAUCUUCCUCGGGAUAGGGUACUUUUUGGGAUUUUUAUUCCUUAAUAAAUUACACAGUGUCACAAUAUCGCAAAUCGCUUAAUGAGAUUUUAGUACAACUAUGUUGCCUAGUACUUUGAAAUCAAAAUUUUAAAGUUAAUACUCAAAAUUACAUUGUGUUAGAUUUGUGACAAAAUAAAAGGUACAUCCACCUUUGAUAUAUAAGUAUAGAUCGUUUAUUUUGAUUUUCAGAAGACAGUCGUUGUAAAUUUUCACAAACACUUGACAAACAAGUCAUCGAACUGGUCUCCUCAAAUGUCAUACAUACCAUAGAAAAUCAAACGGAUUUUCGCAUGAAUAUGACUUAGGUUGGGUAAAUAAAAUCUUUAAAGUCAAUUAAAAAACUUUGUUAGUAUAAGAAUUACACUAGAUUCACUAACUUUUGACCUCGUAGUCAAGCAAAAAGGGGAAUAAUCAACUCCAUAUUUGUUUUUAUUUUGUUGACCAUAGUUUUGUUUUCGUCUGUUUAAACCACUUACUUUAUCUGUUAUGGAAAGUAAUGUCAAGAAAAACAUUUAAUCAUUUAUUAAUUAAUAAAGCAUAGUACACAUAAUUUAAGUAGUUAUGGCGAUUAUUCUCUUUGCUAGUAAUGCGUUUAUGAUAAUCAAUUUCAUCAACUCUUUCUCGUUUAUCGUGUGAAACAACAUUAAAUAAUCUGUAUUGAUCAAAGUCUUAGUCCUCAUCAUUGCACUAUUGUUUUUGCUUUUGUGUUAUUCUAUAAUGUGUCUGUUGCGCUUGUUGCUAUUGCAUU